AUGUUAAAAUCCGUCAACAACAUGUUCAGCAGACUUCAACGGUUAACGCCUCUUUUCUUCGUCUUCACCGGCUCUGUUUUGACUGUAGUGGGGAACACCUAUUCUAUAAAUAGUCUCAUAAUUGCUGGACCAGUCGUUGUAACUGUGGGUGGACUGUUGCUUGUCGCCAUAACGUUUUGGAACUCCUGCGGUGAUAAACUCGCUGAAAAUGAGUCCGCCGUAAAUGGUGAGGAAUUUUCAAACUCUAAGAGUGCUUCCCAUGAGCAACUGGCGCCGAUACAUUACUUCGAAUUUGAAAAUCUGUCCGAGUUGCUUGGAAAAGAAAUAGUCCCUCCCUCAUAUGAAGAGGCUGUGAACAAUAACUUUUUAAAAACUGUACAAACUAACAUAGCCAUGGAAAAAGAUGAACAAGAAUUAAAUUCGGCAAAAGACGUGAAUUCCUUUCCUCCGACCCACCGGGAAAAAUCGGAAAACCACUGA